AUGGAAUGUUUACUGUGCAUGGAAACAAAACCGGGUGAUGAGCCAACUUGUAUAAAGGUGGAUUCAAUUGCAUGGCAGGAAUUGAAUAUAAAAACUUUAAUUGAUAAACAUCUGUGGCCCAUAGAAUACCCUCCAGCAACCUGCUGUGUUUGUAAUGACUGCUGGUCAGAACUAUAUGACUUCCAUAAAUUCUAUAUGCGAUUGGAUCAGAUACACAGUGACCAUCGACUUAGUAUAGUAAAAACCGAACCGGAUCCUUUACAAAAGGAUGAUGUCAAACCUAAAGAUGAGAUUACGGAAUGUUUACUGGAGCCAGAAAUUAUUCUUGAUCAGCAUUUGAAUGAACCGCCCAUAGAAAUUAAACAAGAAAAUGAAGAAGAUGCUGAAAAUGAACAAGAUCCCAUGGCAUAUAAUGACGAUGAUGAUAGUAGUAGUAGUGAUUCGAAUUAUAGUAAUGAUACUGAUAAUGAUGAUGCUCCUGCUGCUAAUGAUGAUCAUUUAGAUGGCAAUGAUUUGCUAAAAAUGGACAAAGCGGAUACCCAAAACAACAAAAAAUCAACGCGUAAACCUAAUAGAAGAAAAGAAACAAACAACGAAGAACCCGCAAAUGAUACAAAAGAAAUUCCCAACAAGAGGAGAAGACUAAACAAUUGCACAAAAUCUUCACAGAAUAAGGGCAAUACCUCUGCCACCAAGAAGCGGAUAAAAACUCGCAAAACUACAAACCUGCCAAAAGUUGAUACUAUCGAAUAUGAUAAGUUUCUUCAGGAACAUUUCAAAAUCACUUGUGAUAAAUGCCUACAAACAUUUGAACGUUUUCGCCAGUUGUGUCAACACUUUAGUCAGGAACACAAUGAACAGGGCUAUGUUGUGUGUUGUGAAACAAAAUUCUUUAAACGUGCUGUUCUCGUCGAUCAUAUAAAUUUACAUCUUGAUCCGGAAUAUUUUAAUUGCAAGAUAUGUGGUAAAGCGAUGACAACACGCAUUUGCCUUAUUAGUCAUAUGAAAAUGCAUGAUGAGAAAAAGUUUGCCUGCGAUCAAUGUCCAAAGAAAUUUGUAGAGAAAUAUAAACUCACGGUACAUAAGUUAACGCAUCUACCGGAAUCGGAGAAAAAAUUUCCCUGCAAUGAAUGUGGUAAAUUUUACGCCAAUGAGUAUUCACUUAUCCAACACCAGAGAGUGGUACAUCUUAAUGCCUAUGCCAAGGUCUGCGAGAUAUGUGGUGAAACCCUAUCCGAUUCGUUUAACUUUAAACGGCAUAUGGAAAAACAUGACGGUAUUCUACAGGUUAAAACAGCCAAUUGUGAUAUAUGUGGUCAAAUACUCAGUUGUCAGCGGUCAUUGAAAACACACAUGGAAAUGAAACAUCCACCGGAGCGGCGUGAAUAUAAUUGUCAUAUCUGUUCGAAGGUUUCACCAAAUAUGCGUUCACUCAAGAAGCACAUACACGAAACCCAUGAAAUGGGUUAUCGUUUUAAGUGUACCAUCUGUGAAAAGGAGUUCAAGCGAGCGGAUAAUUUUAAGUCCCACAUGGCCAUACAUACCGGCACACCAUUAUACCGUUGUCCCUGGUGUCCGAAGGAAUUCAAUUCCAGUGGCAAUAUGUAUCACCAUCGUCAGAAAGCACAUCCUAUUGAAUGGGAAGAAGCGCAACGUAAAAAGUAUUCAGGGAAUUUACCGCCUAAUUAUGAAAGACCAACAUCUUCGGCGGUUACAGCCAGUGGUGAUAAUUCAACCAUGUCGGCCACAACAAAUAUAUUAAAUUCCAUGUUAUUUUACUAA